AUGUCUUACCACAGUUUAGGACUCCGAUCAACCUCAGAGUCUGCCCUCAUCGGCUCUCCGCCGGCGACCGACAAUGACUACUGGAUUGUCAAAGGCAUGCUCCGCGCCGUCCAUUUGGACGGCAAGCUUGACGCCGACAAGGGCUUUAGCCUUCUCCCCAAACGUCCAGACAGCUACCAAUACGAGGAGAAGAGAGCAUCCAUCAUUGCCGCCAUGUCCGUGUGCAUCUUUGUCAUGGUCUCGGUGACAGUUGCUCGCCUGGCCGUACGGCUCUUUCGAACUGGUGUGCGUUGGGGUGCUGAUGACUGGAUGUUGAUUCCAGGUGCUAUCAUGGCGAUUGCGUAUCCUAUCAUUCAGAUUGCCAUGGUUGAAUAUGGCGGAGGCGGGAAACACAGCUGGGACGUCACCUACGCCGAGUACAACGACUUCAACUGGCUCGGUGUAGUCUGCAAAAUCCUCUUCUUUACCUCCGUCGGUCUCAUCAAGAUCAGCAUCACCCUAUUCAACCGCCGACUAACCAGUAUGACGUCGCGCAUCUGGCGCUACUUCAACGACUUCUUCCUAUUCCUGCUGACGGCCUAUACGCUGCUCGCGCUGUUCUGGACGUGCUUCCAAUGCAACCCACCGGCGGCCAUGUGGAACAAAAUCUACUCAGGCAAGCUGGCGACGAUGCCGACGUGCUGGAGCACCAAGGUCAUCUCCAACGUGCUCAGCAUCAUGCACGCCGUCAUGGACUUCUGCCUGUUGACGACGCCCAUCAUCGUGCUGUGGAAGGUUAAGCUACCCCUCAGCACCAAGAUCCGCCUCUAUAUCGUCUUCUCUAUGGGCGCCGUCUCCGCCGUUGGCAGCGUGCUGCGCCAGCUCGCGCAGGAGAAGAUCUCACUGGAUGUAACUUGGGGCUACACCGGCAUCCUCACCUGGACCCUCGUGGAUCUCACCUUCGGCCUGCUUACCGCGUCCCUCCCCGUCCUCGUCGGCCUCCUCCCCAACUCCUGGCGCUCCAUGUCCGGUAACCGGUCGCGGUCACAGUCGCGCCCGUAUGCCGGCGGCACCACCAUCGACGCCAGUGGUGGUCGGGGUUACGUCUUGUCUGGCACGACGGCGAAUAACAAUAGUAUAACAAUAGAUCGACAGCGCAACAACCACCAUGGCCGUCCCAGCGACGAGGGUGGGAUUUUGGUUGAGGAGGAGUUUGAGUUGACGUAUCAGAGUGUGAAGCCGACGAAGGUGUAUGAUGAGGAGAGUAACAGUAGUGUGGAAGAGGGAGAGCGGCGCUUGCAGAAGCGGUGA